ACCAUCUGUUUUCUUCUCUUUACAUUAUUCCCCAUAAGUUUUCCUCUUCUCUGCUGUUCAUUUACUCUACCCCCUCUUCAUUUGUCCUUCUCUAGUCUUCCAAUUGAGAGGCUCUUUAGCCUCUGCUUCCUGUUUCAUUUUCUCUUGCCAGUACAAGUUCCUGCCUCGGACUUCUGGGCUUUCACAUAUCAAGUUAGCCUAGCUGCUCCAUCAUGGCAAGCCUACAGCGGGUCAGCAAACUACUGGAGGAUGUGACCUGCCCCAUCUGCAUGGAAAUUCUACAGGAUCCUGUCACCACUGACUGUGGGCACAACUUCUGCCUGCAAUGCAUCAAUCAAGUUGGGAAAACUACAGAAAAUCUUCAAUGUCCACUCUGCAAACUCCCUGUGAAUAAGAAUAUGUUGAGGCCCAAUAACAAGUUGGCUAGUCUUGCAGAGAAAUUCCAGGCUAUAGAUCCUGCUGAGGUCCAAUCAGAAGAAGAAGAGCCAAGAUGUGGAAAGCACAAGGAAAAGUUCAAUUACUUCUGUGAGGAGGAUGGAGAGUUCCUCUGCAGGGAGUGUCAUGACUCCAAGGACCACAAAACCCACGAAGUUACCUCGAUAGAUGAGGCUGCCCAGAACUACAAGGUGCAGAUUGAGACACAGCUCCAGCAUUUGGGGCAAAAGGACAAGGAAAUCAUUAAAGAGAAAAAGGAAGGUGAAGGAGCAAUCCAGGUGUUCAGGGCCCAGGUACAUCUAGAGAGACUAAAGAUCCUUGAGGAAUUUAAACAUGUGCGCCAGAGACUGGAAGAGGAAGAGAGAUUCCUCCUGUCCAGGCUGAGCUGGCUGGAGCAGGAGGGAGUCAAGCAGAUAGAAGAGUAUGUCACUGUCACAGAGGGACAGCUGACCACCCUCAGAAACCUAACAAGGUCCCUGAAAAACAGGCUACAAGCGCCAUCCAUGGAGCUACUGGAGGGCAUAAAGGACAUCUUGGGCAGGAGUAAAGAAUAUGAGUUUCACAACCCAACCCCAGUUCCUAUGAACCUGGAGAAAAAAAUCAAUGAAGUAAAAGCAAGACACGAGUCCAUCAUAGAAAGCCUGAAGGAAUUAACAGAGAACCUGAUCACUGAAUGGAAGGAAGAUAAAAGCACAUUCCUGAACAGCCUAGAUAAAAAGGACAUGGAGAACUGGCUCCUGUUACAGAAGAAUAACUCAGAUUUGCUCAGCUCAGUAACUAUGACCCUGGACUCCACUUCAGCUGACCCAAACCUCACCUUUUCUGAGGAUCUAAAGAAAGCAAGCUUGUAUGUCAUCGACAGCACAUCGAAUACGCAGGCAAAACCUCGACAAUUUUAUCCUUUCCACUGUGUGAGGGGCUCCCCAGGCCUCUCCUCAGGCCGUGCGGUGUGGCGGGUGAAAAUACAGGGACCCCCUGGAAAGGUUGGCAUAGUGGGCGUGGUUGCCCAAUUGCCUCAGGGGUUCCAGAUUCAGAACUCUGAGCCAUGCUGCUUGUGGGCAUUGCGGAUCUCAUCCUCUGGAUGUCAGCCAAUCACCAACUGCAGUAUCCAGGAGAAUCUCUCAAUCUGUCUUAGGAAAGUGGGCGUCUAUGUGGAUUAUGACCGUGGAGAGAUCGUCUUCUACGAUGCCAUCACUAACAAAAACAUCUACACCUUCCAAACUUCUUUUGACAGACAGAUCUUCCCCUUUUUUGGGCUCCUAAAUGCCCGCAGCUCUAUCAUCCUUGAGCCUCUAGGGCUGCACUCCUAAGGAUCCCUCAGUCUCUUCCCCACCCAUCUCUCAUGAUUGAAUGAGAAGCAAUUGGCAGGAAUGAAGCUUGGCCCUGCUCAAGCACAUUACACAUCCCCCACACCCCACACACCCUACACACACUACACACCCCCACACACUCUAUACACCCUACACACACUACACACCCCACAUACCCA